CGGCCGUGUAUAAAAGGGCAGCGAGGGUGCGAGGGAGGCAGACACCCAGCCCAGCUUGUCACCACCAUCCUCUCCUCCUCCUCCUCCUCACUCCAGUGAGCUCGAGUCGGCACUGCACUCUCCAUCGUUUCUUCUCUGGCCUAGCAUACUCCGGUUCUUGGUCCAGUCGAUCAUGGUGCAGCCGGUGUUCGACGCGGCGGUGCUGAGCGGGCGGUCGGACAUCCCCUCGCAGUUCAUCUGGCCCGAGGGCGAGAGCCCGACCCCGGACGCCGCCGAGGAGCUGCACGUGCCCCUCAUCAACAUCGGCGGCAUGCUCUCCGGCGACGCCGCUGCGGCGGCCGAGGUGACGCGCCUCGUGGGCGAGGCCUGCGAGCGGCACGGCUUCUUCCAGGUCGUCAACCACGGCAUCGACGCCGAGCUGCUGGCGGACGCGCACCGCUGCGUGGACAACUUCUUCACCAUGCCCCUCCCGGAGAAGCAGCGCGCCCUGCGCCGCCCCGGCGAGUCCUGCGGCUACGCCAGCAGCUUCACCGGCCGGUUCGCCUCCAAGCUGCCGUGGAAGGAGACCCUCUCCUUCCGGUCCUGCCCGUCCGACCCCGCCCUCGUCGUCGACUACAUCGUCGCCACCCUCGGCGAGGACCACCGCCGCCUCGGGGAGGUGUACGCGCGCUACUGCUCGGAGAUGAGCCGUCUGUCGCUGGAGAUCAUGGAGGUGCUCGGGGAGAGCCUCGGGGUCGGCCGUGCCCACUACCGGCGCUUCUUCGAGGGCAACGACUCCAUCAUGCGCCUCAACUACUACCCGCCGUGCCAGCGGCCGUUGGAGACGCUGGGCACGGGCCCGCAUUGCGACCCGACGUCGCUGACCAUCCUCCACCAGGACAACGUCGGCGGCCUGCAGGUGCACACGGAGGGCCGUUGGCGGUCCAUCCGACCCCGCGCCGACGCCUUCGUCGUCAACAUCGGCGACACCUUCAUGGCGCUCUCGAACGGGAGGUACAAGAGCUGCCUUCACCGCGCAGUCGUGAACAGCAGGGUCCCCAGGAAGUCGCUGGCCUUCUUCCUCUGCCCGGAGAUGGACAAGGUGGUGGCGCCGCCGGGGACGCUGGUGGACGCCGCCAACCCGCGCGCCUACCCGGACUUCACGUGGCGGUCGCUGCUGGACUUCACGCAGAAGCACUACCGGGCGGACAUGAAGACCCUCGAGGUCUUCUCCUCGUGGAUCGUCCAGCAGCAGCAGGGCCAGCUCGCCCUCCAGCCAGCCAUGACAUGAAGGAUUGAACCUACCAGACAGAGGAUGGAGCUCUCUGCUCUGCUCUAAUCUGUAUUGCUCCUCCCAUUAGCCAUUGAUUCAGCUUAGCUGCUGAGACUGAGAAAAGAGAAACGUCGUCCGUCGAUCGAAUGUUAUUAUUACA